GCCCUUCCCGACCAUCAACAUCAGCCACUCCCUCAUCUUCAUCCAGAACAAUGUCCGAGCAAAUCUCGCGCGUCGCUAUACCAGCUUACGAAACGCCGUUGCUGCCUCUCACAGCUAGGGAGAUUCAGAACCUCACCUCGCUAAUUAAUGCACGCUCUGGUAUCACUAAGGUCUCAGAUACUAUCGCUUCUGCCAUCACCGUCCUGGGGAACGCAACUCUCGAGUUAUAUCCCGACCCUGAGGAGGAGAAUGAGGAAAAGGAGAAGGCUAUGGCGGAUAUGGAGAAACUAGCCCGGGAGUUGGUGGACGAGAACAUGCGUGCACUGGAUAUGAAGGGGGCUUUGGAAUCUAUUGUCAACUUGCAGAGGGAAGCUUUACGGAGGGGAGAUGAGCCGCAAGAAACCGGUGAGGAGCAGGGUCUGUCCGGCCAAUACGAGAGCGCCCUUGCAGCGAAGAAGAGACGCUGGGAUUCUAUGAGUAAUGCUGACAAGUAUACCUUAAUUCGUACCCUAAUUUCUAUUGUAUCAUGUGCUGACUAUGUUCGCAGAUACACGAAUUCCCCAGAGUACCUCGACUUCCGCCGCUCGUACUGGGAAGCUCGUAACCCGGAAGUUCCCUUACCACCAACAAGAACCUGGUUCCCUUCCGGCACCUCUGGCACUCAGGACGACGACGAAUCCGACAUCGAAAUCGCCCAGGAAAGACAGAGUUACAAAUGUCCUCUCACUCUCCGUCCGUUUGAGGAUCCCGUCAGAUCGACCAUUUGCCCUCACGCCUUUGAAAAGGAAGCUAUCGAAGAUAUGAUCAAGCGCUCUGCCGUCAACGGCGUGCCUUGUCCGACGCCCGGUUGUGCGAAAAUGCUCACCCUGAGAAUAUUGAAGAAGGAUUCCGUCUUGAAGAGGAAGGUCGCUCGUGCGCUGGCGUUGGAGAAGAGGAAGCAGCAGAUGCGGGAGGACGAGAGCGAAGAUGAGGAGGCCAGUGAGGAUGCCAGCGAGGAGGAGGAGGAAGCGCAACCUGGUCCUUCCUCGAGGAGAGGAAGGAAUGAGGCUGGGUCCAGGAAUAUCAAGGCUGAGAAGGGAGCAAAGAAACUCAGAGGGAGCAGAAGGCCCGUCGCAGUAAGUAGCGAGGAGGAAGAUGAAGAGGAAGAAGAAGAGGAUGAUGCAGAUGCCAUGGAUGAGGAUGAAGACUGAUAAUCCCCCAACAUCUUUCACCGUUUUCACUUUUGUAUCAAGCUAAUAGCCCGUUACACUCCGUAUACCCUUCAAACUCAAUUAUCUAUAAUUACGCUUCCAUUCUUGGCUUCUUAAUUGCCGUGUUUCUACGUCAACAGGAGAGCUCGUAACUAAUAAUUUGGGGUCGCCACAAGUAUCAAUGCGGCAAGCGAACUUGACAAUGACGGGGUGAGGGAUUUCGCGGUUCAUUACUGUAUGAUAAUUUAUAUGGUAUGACACUCGUUACAACCAUUGGGGGUAGACUAUAAUAUUAUUAUGCGUCGUCCGCCUGACAAAAAAAUGAAAGUUGGCGCCUCUGGGCUUAAGACCUAUCGCAAUAGAAUUCAUAACUAUCCCCCAUCUGUCUCACAGCUGUCCAUCGGACGUGAUGUAACCUACCACCCAAAUAAACCCCCGGAAAUUUUCCUAAGAGGGAAAACAAAGAACAGAGAGCAAAAACAAAGUAAAAAUGCUGAAAGAGAUGCCUGUCUGCUGAUUUUUUUUGGUUUCCGGUACUGUGUGAUUACUUGUUUUUGUCGAUUUUGUUUGCUGAGACAUCGUGACCGGGCUUGACGAUUCCGAUUGAGUUGUGAAACCGGCGGUGGGUUGUGGGCCCGGGUCAGUGUGUGCUGAGGCUUCGGGGGCUCUUGUAGGAUGCUUGGGUAUCAUGCUGGUGGUCACGGCAAUGAUCCGGCUUACAUGUUUUGGACUGCCCCUUCCAGGGGUGGGAAGCGGGCGUUUAAGCGGAGGCUCCUUGAUUGGUGGCAGUGCUGGAUCCUUUAGGUGCACGAUGAUCCUCCUUUCCCUCCUUCUGAGAUUCACUUCUGUGAUGUUAGCAUCGUACCUGGGCCGGCACUCCUUUCGAGCUGUCUUAUCCUCUUACCCUUGCCAGGUCACCCCCUAUCGGAACUCGGUAGGAACGGAGAUCGGUGAUUCAAAGACAGUGUACUCGUACUGGUACAGUGGAAGCAUAUAAUAAAUCCACCCUAACCUUUAUAAGCAUCAUUAGGAAAUAAAUACAGUCAGAAGCAAAAAAAAAAGAGAAAGAAAGAAAGAGGUGGAAGCAACAGAACGUAAAAAAAUCUAUAGAUGGCCAUUCCCUCUCUAGAAGCUUAUAGACUUCGAACUACAAUUUCCUAGAGGCUCGCCGAUAACAUUCACAAAGCAAAACCGGUGGUAUCAUAGCCCUAAACAUUUAUUUUUGGUGCCAAGUCGGUUUCUAUAAUAUGAUGUGUGAUAUUUUGCAUGUGUAGAAGGGUAUGAUGGAAGUCCUCGUUGGCUU